CGCACUUUGUGACGUAAAUCACGUUACAGUAAGAGCACCUGUGCAGCACGUGCGAACAGUGAGCUCCUCUCCCCUCUGGAGCAGCGGUAUGAAGACCAAGUUUGAAGGCUUGAAUGGGAGACUCCACUUAAAAAGGCACAAGAUGAUGCCUUGGAUUUAGCUGGCCCACAUGAGUGAUAUGAAUAACACGCUGGACGAAAUACACACUUCUGGAAGCCUCGGAGAGAAAGCAGAGAUUUUUCACACUGGCAAGGGUAAUGUGAGUGGCUUUCCCAACCCAGCCCUCAUCCCUUUGCGAGCUCCUUUACUAAUACCAAAUGCCCAGAAGAUCAGGACUACGCUCUGCAAGAGGAACAGGAGCAAUAAAGAGGGAGAGGAGUCAUUCUCUUCCCCUGUUCCAAACCCUUUCCCUGAGCUUAUCCCCUCAACCAUCUCCCCUCUUGUCUCUGAAUGUUUAUUACCAUGGACCAAAAGUAGUGCAACUCAGGUAAUCAAAGUUUAUAAUGAAGAUAACACGAGCAGAGCAGUAGAGGUUCCCAGUGACAUCACUGCGCGGGACAUCUGCCAGCUGUUUGUCUUGAAGAACCACUGCAUUGAUGACCACAGCUGGACUCUUUUUGAACAUCUCUCCCAUCUGGGAAUAGAGAGAACCAUUGAAGACCAUGAGUCUGUUAUGGAGGUGCUAUCAGGCUGGGGAAUGGACACAGACAGUCGGCUGUAUUUUAGGAAGAAUUAUGCUAAAUAUGAAUUCUUCAGGAAACCCCUGGACUUUUUCCCAGAUCACAUGGUCUCCAUAUCCAGUGAAACCAAUGGGAUGGUGGAUCACUCACAGCUUAUACAGACCUUUCUCAACUCCAGCACCUGUCCAGAGAUACAUGGACACCUCCAUGCCAAAGAGCAAAGCAGGAAGUCUUGGAAGAAGUUUUAUUUUGUGCUGCGGAGGUCUGGGCUUUAUUUCUCCAACAAGGGAACUUCCAAGGAACCAAGGCAUCUCCAGUUCAUUGCGGACUUCAGUGACAGUGAUGUCUACACAGUGUUGUCAGCCAAAAAACUCCAUGGAGCACCUACAGAUUAUGGUCUUUGUGUCAAGUCCACAAAGUGUAGUUCAGCCCGGGACUUGAAGCUGCUUUGUGCGGAUGAUGAGCAGACCAGGACCUGCUGGAUCACAGCCAUGCGCUUGUUAAAGUAUGGGAUGCAGCUGUACCAAAACUUCAUUCAGCCACAUCAGAAGCAAAAGGCUUCACCAAUGAGAAGCAUCUCAGAGAAUUCACUGGUGGCCAUGGACUUCUCUGGCCAAAAGAGCCGAGUGAUUGAAAACCCGUCUGAGGCGCUGUCUGUGGCUGUAGAGGAAGGCCUGUCAUGGAGAAGGAAAAGCUGCCAUCGUCUGAGUGGCCACGGGAGUCCUUCCACAUCACAGAGCUCAGUGUCAAACAUAGCCCUCCACUUGACUCAGUCUUGGUUCCACGGCAAACUGUCUCGGGAUGAAGCUCAGCGUCUCAUCACUCAGCAGGGUCUUAUCGAUGGAGUAUUUCUUCUGAGGGAUAGCCAAAGCAACCCUAAGACAUUUGUGCUGUCACUGUGCCACAUGCAGAAAAUCAAACACUUUCAGAUCUUACCUAUGGAUGAUGAAGGGGAGGUAUUCUACAGUCUUGAUGAUGGUCACACACGGUUCACUGACUUGAUCCAGUUGGUGGAGUUUUACCAGCUAAACCGUGGCGUGUUGCCCUGCAAGCUCAAACACCACUGUGCCCGGAUCACCCUGUGAACAAGAGACCCAGGAGAACCCCCGAGGGCCCACAUGCACCUUAACUUCGGGGCCUUUCUGGACAAACACUCCAUGUGUUAUUGUGCCUUGAAGAAGAAAGAUAUACAGACUAACUGAACAGCCAUGCUAACUGAAACCACUGUUAUCAUCCAUUAUCGUCCUUACUUUUUCCUUUUUGAGAAAUAUUUGAAUUUGACAAUAGACUGUAUAAUAACUGACUACAUGUGCUGAAGAUGGUGUGCAGUUUUGUCUGGUGAACCUUAUUCUUUGGCCCUUUAACGUGCCCAUAUGUGGCGGUAAAUCCGUUGUGUCCAAACCUGACUACCGGUACUUGUACUGUAUAUUGUAGAGCUGAAUGUGUAUUGCAAACAGCUUGUGAUUCUAACAUUUUGACACCAAUGAAAGUUUUUUUCUUUUUUCUUGGUAAAUGAAAUACAGUAGCUGGAAUUUGAGUUUUUACUGAAACUGCAGUAUGUAUACAGUAACUAUAUAUUACCAGGUCUGUCAAAGCUGAUGAUGGUUGAAUCCCAACAAGGGCAUCAAUUUCUUAUUUGAAACCAUGUCAUGCUGUAGUACACAACACCUCUGUCCUGUUAAAUUUGAGUAAAACUAAGCUAUCUUACUUUUCAUUGUCAUUGUAUCUCUAAGUAUUCAGGUGGUUUUUUUUUUCUUGUUUUUUUUUAAAGAAAAUGAUCAUUGUUUUCUAUUUGAGAGAUAAAAUGACCUCUCAGGAAGUGUCACUGUGCAUGCCCUGUAAGCUGGACUGAGACUGCUGUAGAGAGAAAGAGAGAGGUGUAAUGUACAGGUGGAGAGAAAUGGCACACAACCUCACUAGCCUGCACUGUGCAUUCAUUUUAAAUGUAUGUGAUUCAAUGAAAUGUUUGUAUAACAUGAAAUUAGUUGUGCGCUCACUCUAGAGCAAGAGCAGCAAAAUAUAUUUCACAAUUUUUUAGAUAUAAGCCAUUGAAAUGGAAAUCAGAAAUACUGUGUGACUGAUUUUAAUCAUAUCUGAAUUCAAUGUAUAUGGAAAUUUAGGUUUUAUAUUUUUCAAAGAUUCAGGUAUACAGUUUGCAAAACCCUGGGUUGGUUGUGGUUUGCUGUUAUUGCCACUGCUGUGGAAAUACAGUGUCUGUUUUCAAAAAGCCAAUAAUGGAUCAGCUUUUAAAACCAAGGUAUUUUAAAUCGGUGACAUGAUCAAAAUGA